UAAAUCCAAUUAUUGAAAAAGGUCAAAAUAUCAAAUUUUAUUAAUUAAAGAGUGUAUCAGAAACUUACAUAAUAUCAAACGACGUCGUUGAAAUUCGACGGUGUCGUUUAAGGUAAGAACACUAGCUCACACGUUUAUUUCAAUAUUAUUUUUUCUCUCUCUUUUUAGUAAUUUCGACUUUCUUCUUCAUCAGAUCUGAAUCUAAUUUCGCCCAAAUCAAAGCUUUUGACCUAAAUCGUUUCCCGGGAAAAAUCAACAAACCGUCACCGGAAUCUCCAAUUUCUCUCCGGUGAAGAAAAAUGUCGCACAACGAUACGAUUCCGCUUUAUCAAUCAUCUCAAUCAGACAUCGACGAGAUUGAGAAUAUGAUGAACGAUAGUUUCCAAUCAGGUCCUGGAACCGUCCUUCCUGCUCGACCACCGAGUCCGAUCCGUCCGUCAAUUCCCGUUUCAUCCUCACCGUUCGUUCAAUCUAAUCUUCCACCGCUACCACCGUCGUCUUCUUCCUCUCAGAAGGUGAUGCCUGUUCCAGCUCCCCCGCCGCUUCCGUCGGUAGGUAACUCCAACAGCUCCGAAGGUAACAAGAGUAUUGGAGGGAGUGGAUUCGGAUCUCCGCCAAAUACAUUGACGGAGCCUGUAUGGGAUACUGUGAAGCGCGAUCUGUCACGGAUCGUGAGUAAUUUGAAGCUUGUGGUGUUUCCGAAUCCGUAUAGGGAAGAUCCUGGGAAAGCACUUAGGGAUUGGGAUCUAUGGGGACCGUUUUUCUUCAUUGUGUUCUUGGGGCUUACUCUUUCGUGGUCUGCUUCUGUUAAGAAGUCUGAAGUAUUUGCCGUGGCAUUUGCACUACUUGCAGCUGGGGCAGUUAUCCUCACACUAAAUGUGCUGCUUCUGGGAGGACAUAUAAUAUUUUUCCAAAGCCUAAGCCUUCUAGGUUACUGUCUAUUUCCACUGGACGUUGGAGCAGUGAUCUGCAUGUUGAAGGACAAUGUGAUACUCAAAAUGAUCGUUGUGUCUGUGACUCUUGCCUGGAGCUCUUGGGCUGCUUAUCCUUUCAUGAGUGCUGCAGUGAACCCGAGAAGAAAAGCUCUAGCACUUUACCCUGUUUUCCUCAUGUAUGUCUCUGUUGGCUUCUUGAUCAUUGCCAUUGAUUGAUUCUAUCUGGAAAAAUGGGAAAUCAGAGAUAGUUUCUCUGAUUCAGUUUGGGAAAUCAUUUGGUACAGAGUAGAUAGAGAAUUCUCCAGCCGUGAACUAUUCUGAGUUCUAAAGAUCAUAUGUAUAAUAUGUUCUUCGACGCUUUUUUGUUAAACUCUGGUCGACUUUACUCUAUGGUUUUGCUUUAUGUGUAUGAAACUUACGGUUCUUUUUGGAAACGUAUACAGUAUAUAAUAUUAAAACCUUGAUGAUCGUAGCUU